GAGGAGAGAGGGAGCAAGAGAGCAAGAGAGGCUGAGGGAGAGGAGGAGGAGACAGGAUGGGAAAGUGUUGAAUGGAGAAAAAAUACACUUCUUGCCGUUUGUGAACUUAGUUCUGGGGUAACACUCUCCCUGCCAUUUCAUUCCACUUGGGGGGUUCCCACCCCUCCACUGGCUGGAGAAAGAGCAGAAGUAGGAGAGGGUGCAUACAGUUCCUGAGCGCGACAAGCCCGGCACAAGGUCAGCGGCCGCCUAGCUCCAAGGCUGAGUCUUUACUCUGUGCGCCUCUCUUGAGCCGGUCUCUAGGUCAAACUGGCUAUACCCUCAUUUUCUUCUCUGUGUCCUGGUUUCCAGGGUUCCCAUUAUAGAAGAUAGGAGUGGAUCAUUCACCAUGUCAGAGACUGAGGUGGAGAAUGGGACAUGUGUGAACUGGCAGAAGCGCUGCCUUGCCCUGGAGACCCAGCUCCUUCAGUUCCGUCUUCAGGCUAGCAAGAUUCGGAAGCUACUGGCUGACAAGAUGCAAGAUUUGGAGCAAAGACUCUUGGAAGCCGAACACAGAGCAGAAAAUGCAGAAACACAGGUAGGUACAAUGGAGAAGAUCAAACUCGUCAAUGUGAAGAGCUUUGAGCCUGAAGGCAACCUUCACCAAAAGUACCAGGAGCUGCUGGUGACCAUCCGAGGCAGAGAAGAGCUCAUCACUCAACUGCAGGCAGAGGUGGAGAAGCAGAAGCAGCUAAGAGUUCAAGAUGCAAAGACUGUUCAAGAGAAAGCUGCAAAGAUCAAGGAAUGGGUGACCAUGAAGUUAGGAGAGCUCGAGAUGGAGAAUCGGCACCUGAAAAGCUACAAUCAGCACCUACUAGGGCAAGUGAGGGCGCUUCAAGAGGCCCUGGGAGAUCUCUCCAUGGUGCUACCCGGGGACUUACUGUGGUCCUUCCAGGGAAAGUCAAAGAAGAAUUCUGUGGUUUCAGACAUAGCUCCCCAUUGUGAAGGCCAGAGAGGAGCUGUGAAAAACAAACCAUCUGGAGACAGUGCUUCCCUGUCUCAGAGUGCCUUGAGAGCAAUAGUUUCCUUACCUUCUCCAGGAACCCAGCAGGACAAACACCUCAUUCCUGAAGUAGCCAACACUUUGAAAGGUUCUGGAAGAGUCACUUGCAGAGAAAUCCCAGAGGCCAAGGCUCCCCAACUUUCUCCUGGAGGACUACAGAAAUCAGCUUACUUGGGUGAAAUCCUAGGUGGUUUCCAGAGAGGGGUGCCCAUUAAGCUGAGAUUCCCAGCCAAGGAAGGAAGCCUUGGCAGCAGCAUGACCCUGCCAAAGGUUCGGGCUUUCCGGAACCCCCGGGACAGCAUCCAACUUGCCAAGCGGCGCUAUAGCCAGCCCCAGCUGAGGACUGGACGCCUCAACCACAUGGUGAGCAUUGAAAUUAGUACUCUCCAGACCUCCCAGACUCAUACCCUUCCCAUGAAAGAGACAGACAUCGACCAGAAGAAAAAGAAAGAAUCAGAGAAGAUGGACACAGAAGAGCCCCCCUCACAUCAGAAAGAAGUCCAAGGCAAUGAAGCAACCUCUAGAUUAGACAAAGAAGAACCAGAGGGGCCUAGUGCCAGGGAGGUGGAGAUAGGGAACAAGCCUCCUACACCCCCUCUACACCAGUUCCCAUCCUGGGAGAGUAGAAUUUAUGCCGUGGCCUCAUCUGGCAUGCAGAUGUCCAAGGUGUCUCCUGGAAAUGAUGCUUCUUCCUAUGUUUCAAGUUCUACAUCCCUUACCUCUCCUGGAUCCUUCUCCAGGCUUGUCUACAAGAACUUCCAUGUGCCUGUCUACACAACAUUGAAGGGGAGAGCAACUCAGAUCAGCACCAUGCCCUUCUUGGACGAGUCCUCUGGUUCUGAUGAUGACUGCAGCUCCCAGGCCAGUGUGCAAACUUCCAUAACCUGCAUUGAGUCCAGGAAAGCCAGUGUACCAGGCAGCCCACGGGCUAUCAAGAGAGGUGUUUCCAUAUCUUCCCUGAGUUCAGAGAGUGACUAUGCUAUUCCCCCUGAUGCCUAUUCCUUGCACAGCGACUACUCAGAGCCUGAAUAUAAAGUUCAACGGACCUCAAUCUAUUCCAUUGAUGGACUUGGAUCCUAUGGGGAAUCACUAGAGAAGUCAGGCUACUUACUGAAAAUGGAUAGUCGGGUGAAGACGUGGAAAAGACGUUGGUUUGUUCUAAGACACAGACAAAUCAUGUACUACAAGUCCCCGAGUGAUGUGAUCCGGAAACCUCAAGGUCAAGUGGAACUGAACUCCCACUGCCACAUUGUCCGGGGGGAAGGAGCACAGACAUUUCAGCUCAUCUCCGAGAAGAAAACCUAUUACCUGACUGCAGAUUCCCCCAACUUGCUUGAGGAGUGGAUCCGGGUACUCCAAAGCUUGCUGAAGGUGCAGGCAAUUGGAUCCCCAGCCCUGCCACAGAGUGGGGCUAAGCCCACUGUGAGAGGCUGGCUGACCAAGGUAAAACAUGGUCAUUCCAAGUUGGUCUGGUGUUCUCUGGUUGGAAAAACUUUCUACUACUAUCGAAGCCAUGAGGACAAGUAUCCUCUGGGCUGCUUGCCUGUUCAGGGGGCAUUUAUAGAGGAGGUGGAUCGCUCCUGUGACUCAGAUGAAGACUACGAGGCCACUGGAGGAAUGAGAAGGCUUCUCUCUUCCCACUGCACCCUGGUGAUCCACCCACCAGAACACAGUCCCACCUAUCUUCUCAUUGGUUCCAAGCAUGAGAAGGACACAUGGCUCUACCAUCUCACAGUGGUUGCAGGCAGCAGCAGUGCCAAGGUAGGCACUGCUUAUGAGCAGCUCAUUGGAAAACUGAUGGAUGAAGAGGGGGACCCAGGUUCCCCUUUGUGGAGACACCCCAUGCUGUGCUACAGUAAAGACGGGCUCUGUGCCUCCCUCACCACACUGCCCUCAGAAGCCCUGCAGACCGAGGCCCUCAAGCUCUUCAAGUCCUGCCAACUGUUCAUCAAUGUACCCGUCGAAGCUGCCUCUGUGGACUACCAUGUGUCACUGGCCCAAACAGCCCUGCAGGUGUGCCUGGUUCACCCAGAGCUGCAGAGUGAGCUCUACUGCCAGCUCAUCAAGCAGAUCAGCUGCCACCCCCGACAGAGGCAUUCCCUCUUGCAGUGCUGGCAACUCCUGGCUCUGUGUGCUCCCCUUUUUCUGCCUCAGCAUCACUUCCUCUGGUACAUCAAACAACAGCUCCAGCGCCAUGCAGAUCCCAGAAGUGAAUCUGGCCAGUAUGCUACCUACUGCCAUCGAGCAGUGGAACGGACCUUGGAGGCUGGGGAACGGGAAGCCAAGCCAUCUCGCAUGGAAGUGGUGUCUAUCCUGCUGCGCAACCCCUACCACCACUCCCUGCCCUUCAGCAUCCCCGUGCAUUUUGUCAAUGGGACCUACCAGGUGGUAGGUUUUGAUGGCUCCUCCACGGUGGAUGAGUUGCUCCAUCGGCUGAACCAGGAAAUGGGAAUGAGGAAGACACCCCACUCUGGCUUCUCACUCUUCACAGAUGAUCCUUCUGGCAAGGACCUGGAGCACUACCUACAAGGAAGCGUGAAGAUCUGCGAUGCCAUUUCGAAGUGGGAACAAUCUCUGAGAGAGCUUCAUCCUGGGAAGUCUGAGGGCAGCAACCGGAUUGUGAAGUUGAUUUACAAGAACAGGCUCUAUUUCCGGCAUCAGGUUAAAGGAGAAACUGAGCAGGAGAGGCUUCUGCUUGCCUUCCAGGUCAGCAAUGAGAUCACUGCAGGGAGAUUCCCAGUCAGCAAAGAACUAGCUCUUGAGAUGGCUGCAUUGAUGGCCCAGGUGGAAUAUGGGGAUUUAGAGAAGCCUAACCUUCCUGCUCCUGUGGGAACAGCUCCUGCCAAGGCUCAGCAUCUCCUCCAAGUGGUCAUAGAUAGGUUCUACCCCAGGAGAUAUAGAUAUGGUGCCCCUUCUGAACAGCUGAGACACUUGGCAGAUGCACUGGCCUCAAAAUGGACGACACUGCAAGGCUGUUCCUCAACUGAGUGCAUCCGUAUCUACUUGACUGUGGCUCGAAAGUGGUCCCUCUUUGGUGCUAAACUCUUUGCUGCUCAGACCACCCAACUUUCUACCAAGGGGAACACUCUGGUAUGGAUUGCUGUGAAUGAAGAUGGUGUCAGUAUCCUGGAGCACAACACAAUGCAAGUUCAAGCCACACACCCCUACUCUUUGGUGAUGACCUUUGGUGGAUACCAAGAUGAUUUUAUGAUUGUGAUCAAACCUGUUCCAGAUAAGAGUUCUGGUAAAGGAAACAUUGAGAAGCUGAUCUUCCGGAUGGCACUUCCAAAGAUUGCAGAGUUGACAUUCAUGAUGGCCAGCUACAUGAACCAUUGUUCCACCGUCUCAUCCUCAUCUCCUAAUAUACCUCCUAUUGGACACCUCCAAGAAAUGGAUGGAAAACAGUUCCUUGCUUCUGCCUCACACAGCACCAAGGGGCCCACACUUCUCUGAGCAUCUUUCCUCCACCUAUCUCCCCUCACUUUGUGCCUGUGGACUUGGUGAUAUCUUGCUGGGUCCCUGAUUCCACUAUGAGCCAACUCCCACCCUUCCCUGGUGCCUGUUUCAAAUUCUCACCAAUUCUACAGGCAGAUGACAAUGCCUACACACUCCACUGCCUUCAGAGUACUACUGUGUUUCAGGCCCUGACUUUCCUAAAUCUAAAUCCAAAUGACAAAAGCCAAGUACUCACCCUCUUCUCACAAGAGUGGCCACUCUGAAUGCAAUUCUACCAGACUCUCAGGUCUCUGUGCAGACACCAACCAAAAUCCAGGACACUAACCUUGACAAGAAAAAUACCUGCUAAAUCCCACAUGUUCUUUGCAUUUGGGGUUUUAAAUUGGAGUCGAUUUUCUCACACAUUCACUUCAGACCUGAUGAUAUAAACUAACCUCUUCAGAGUUUGUGGCAAAGGCCUAGAGCCUACUGCCAACAGGCUUUAUUUCCAUGCUGCUGAGGUAGCAGGAGAUAAGGGAGAAAGAAUGGAUUUCUUCCCUGUUUCUGGGAGGGAACACUACCCCUUAUCUCCCAACACAUAACCCAACCUGAGGCAGGAGAAUAGAACUGCAGAGAAGGACAAUGGGUGCAUUCAGGCUCCAAUAAUAGGAAAAAGAAACUCAAUUCCUUACACAGAGUGAGUGGAUUCUUGCAGUGACUUGUGUGGCAGCUGUAGCAUACUGCUAAAUACCUAACCUUGGUAGGGACUGAGACUGCUGAGCUGUACUGUGGGCAAACUUCUUCACUGCCCUACAUUGUCCCAGAACCCUUACCAGACUGUCUCCUCUGGUCUGGGUUUAAUCGAUAGACCAAAUGCUUUCAUAAUAAGCAUUCAAUACUGUGGAUAGGAGACUACGCACUGAAUUCUUCCUGGUCUUUAAAGGUCCAAAUAAAUACACUAUCUGCUUUUUUGCAGCUUUAUUGGACCACUAAAACUUGUGAUCCUGACCUUAUCCCUUAAGACAUGUUCCGCCAGUUUUAGGAAAAUGGUAGGAAUGCAGAACUAGCAAAGCUCCAUGGAACAUAAAAGUAUCUUUCAUCUUAAAAGAACACUGUGGGGGCAGCUAGGUGGCGCAGUGGAUAGAGCACCGGCCCUGGAGUCAGGAGUACCUGAGUUCAAAUCUGACCUCAGACAUUUAACACUUACUAGCUGUGUGACCCUGGGCAAGUCACUUAACCCCAAUUGCCUCACUUAAAAAAAAAAAAAAAAGAAGACUGUGAAGAAACUCAAAGCUUCCUUCAUUUUUGUUUCCUACCACCAAAUUCUUACCUCUCCACUGGGACCAAGGGAGGUGAUCCUUUGUGGUCUCCACACUCCCUCCAAAGCCAACCAAACAAAAGAACCCAUACUGUUUUCCCAACAUUAAAUAAGGCUUCAAUUUCAUUUCCCAGCUCAGUAACACCCAAGGCAGACCUAACAUUUAUGAGGAAGAGAACAGAGGUAGCUGCAUGGAAAGAACAAUUCCAACCAAAGGCCAGGUUUGGACCUUGGCAUUAUCACCACCAUCCUCUUCAUGAUGCUAAAACUGGAUGGAGUUAGACCUAGUUUCUCUGAGAGGUCCUGGGCUCCAUAAAAUCCCCUCUAUGCACUCUAAGCUAUAAAGGACAAGAUAAUAAGCACGCUAAUAGUGUAUUCAAAUCCACUAUAUAACUUCACUUUUCUCCUUGUUCCCACCUCUUUUUUCCUUUGGGAAAUGAAGAUUCAUCUAACAUACCUUAUUAUAGUCAUCCUUCCAGGGCUCGUGUGGAAGGCAGAGCAUAACUCCAAUCUUACUUCAUAAUGUCCUAAGCCCCAGUGUCCAGGACAAACAGGAAUAAUCUUGUCUGCAACAAUAAGUAAAAAGUUAGGUGUCCCCAACAACCAAAAAAGGAAUUAUUUACAAUAGGUUUUAAGGCGUUUUCCCUAUUUUUUUCUCCUUCUCUCAGAGUUUGUCAAUGCUGUUUUUUUCAUUUAGUUAUUUUUCAGUUGUGUCUGAUUCUUCAUGAUCCCUUUUGGAGUUUUCUUGGCAAAGAUACUGGAGUGGUUUGCCAUUUCCUUCUCCAAAACGCCAUGUAGAAUGAACGAAUUAAUGAGCAUUUAUUAUUAAUCUUACUAUAUAAAGCAUCAGGGACAAAAAUGGGAAAGCAAGCUAGUCCCUAUUCUCAGGGUGCGCAUGUUCUAAUGGAGGAAACAACAUAUAUGGGAGGUUUUUGCUGCAAAUUGAAUGGAAAGGCCCAGGGGUACUUAGGGUACAGCAGCUAAGCAGACAGUAAUGCAUCUUUUAAAAUGUGAUUUCUGGGGCAGCUAGGUGGCACAGUGGAUAAAGCACUGGCCCUGGAUUCAGGAAGACCUGAGUUCAAAUCUGGCCUCAGACACUUGACACUAGCUGUGCAACCCUGGGCAAGUCACUUAACCCUCAUUGCCCCACCAAAAAAAAAAUAAAAAUAAAAGUGAUUUCCGCCAAUAAAACCUUGUUUCUGAUGUUGAACCAUUUGACAGUGCCAAGGAUUGUAGUGGCAAGAAAUUCCUUUUCUAGGCCAGCAUCCAGUAGCUGACUGCUAAAAAGACAGGAGCUGCAUCUCUGCAAGGGUUGCUUCCUUGGACAAUGAUUGUGGGAGCUGUUGGAAGAAGGGCCAGUGGCCGGGAAUCUAGGGGAGGGAUGCUGCUAUUCCUAGGAUUCUUAAGGUUACCUUCCCACUAGAGACAGUUGGCGUUUUGUGUUGGUAGUGACAGGGAUGGCAGAUCAUCUCCACAGUGGUUGCUUCCUGUGAUAGACGGCUACAAAGGUCUCUAGAAGAGAGUUAAUACUUCAAACUGCUUUAAGCUAGAGCAGUUUAUUCAAUCCAACUGGAUAUUUCCUACCUUCUUUCUAUCCUUAGACUGCAUUACAUCCCCAGGCUCAUAUGGACUCAAAAGAUAAAGAGCUCCCUUAGGAUCAAUGUCUUUGAUAUUUCCGCUAUCUGGAUCUAAAGUCAGAACACCAUGCUUCACUUAGAAACAAGCCAUUUCUAUCUGGGGCUACUUCUGGCCAUGGUGAUUCUGUGAUUGUGUUGUCUAUCAGUCUGACUGAAAUACCCAAAAGGCAGCUGUCUGUGAAGGAGCCAAUUGAUUUGAUAUCUUGGCAGGCACCAUCAUAAACUAGUCUCACACAGAUCAUAGAAAUUAGAUUGUCAGAACCUAUGGCGGUCUGUGUCCUCUAGAAUUACGGGACAGUUCUUUAUUCUCUAGCCAAAACCUGAAUGAUUCUAUACUUUUUCCCCUCAAAUUCUUCACGAGAUGUGUAGCUGGCACUCGGUUUUCUCAGAUAAAGUAAGCAGUCUAUGUAUGUACUAGGGAAGCCCUCUAUUCCUUGCCAACAUUGCUGUUCGUAGUCAUCCUCCAAAAAGUAGUAUGAUUUACCCUCAGUUUUAAGAUGUGGAAAUAAGGUUGUGACGUGACUUGGGAGAACAAGAUGACUUCAAGUAUUAUUUGAUGGGCUAGUCUAUGGAAGCGGGAUUAGACAUGUUCUACCUGGCAAUGCAGAAGGAAGUUGCAGAAGCAUAUUUUUAGCACAAUAUAAGGAAAGCUUUCCUAACAUUUAAAACUAUAUAAAACUGCAAGGGGCUGUCCCAAGUAGUAGUGUUUCUUAUCACCACAGGUCUUCAACCUGCCAACCAUGACAACUUGAAGGGAAUAUUGCUGGGAGAAUUGUA